ACAACCACCUUCUAUAGCUCCACCUUAGAGAGAGAAAUCUAUUGGAAAAAAUGGAGAACUUCCCGAUCAUCAACAUGGAGAAGCUAAACGGUCAAGACAGAGAAGCCACCAUGGCAAUGAUCAAAGAUGCCUGCGAGAACUGGGGCUUCUUUGAGUUGGUUAACCAUCCAAUCCCAUUGGAGCUGAUGGAUAAAGUGGAAAGAUUGAACAAGGAGCAUUACAAGACAAGCAUGGAGACUAGAUUCAAAGACCUCAUGGCUGCCAAAACUACCCUCGAUCAUGAUGAUCAGAAGGAGGUGACUGAUAUAGACUGGGAGAUCACCUUCUUCAUCCGCCACCUCCCAAAAUCCAACAUUUUUGAAAUCCCAGAACUCGUGGUUGAAUACAGGGAAGUGAUGAAGGAAUUUGCAGAAUACUUAGAGAAGCUCGCAGAGAAUCUCUUAGACUUAUUUUGUGAGAACUUGGGAAUUGAGAAAGGUUAUUUGAAAACCGCAUUUUCUGGAUCAGAAGGACCGAAUUUCGGGACCAAGGUAGCUAACUACCCGCCGUGUCCCAAGCCGGAGAUGUUCAAUGGCCUUCGAGCCCACACCGACGCCGGAGGCAUCAUCUUGCUAUUCCAAGAUGAUAAAGUCAGCGGCCUUCAACUUCUCAAGGAUGAUAAGUGGAUCGAUGUCCCUCCAAUGCGCCACUCCAUUGUCAUUAACCUCGGUGAUCAGAUUGAGGUGAUCACGAAUGGGAAAUACAAGAGUGUGAUCCAUCGUGUGGUGGCUCAAACCGAGGGAACAAGGAUGUCGAUUGCAUCUUUCUACAACCCGGGUAAUGAUGCAUUGAUCUUUCCAGCAACGGCUUUGGUGAAAAAAGAGGCGGAGGAAAGGAACGAAGUUUAUCCAAAGUUUGUUUUUGACGACUACAUGAAGCUUUAUUCAACAGUAAAGUUUCAAGCGAAGGAGCCAAGAUUCGAAGCCAUGAAAGUUGUGGAGGCUAAUGUUAUUGCUUCAAGGGUUUGAUAAGUUUGAUAAGAAGAUAUGUUUAAGUGGUUAUUUAAGUUAAAAAUAAGAGAUCUUUUCAAAAGUUGUAAUUUUGUUUGAGUGGUUGUGAAAUUAGUGUGAUAAUUAUAA